AUGACGGAUAAACAAAAAGUAAUAAGUAUUAUACAAAGCCCUUAUCAUGGUAACGACGUAAGUCAGCAAUUGUGGAGAGUGCAUUGUUCUGAAAAAGAUAAGAACUUGGUAAGUGGAGGUGACAAAACAAUCAAAAAGAUAGACAAGACUGGAUCUAUUAUACAAACCAUUCAAACAAAAUAUAACGUUAGAGCACUGACCGUCAAUUUUGACGAGGAUCCGGUAUUUACCUCAGCUUACUCUUCUCACGAAGAUAUUUACAUUUCACACGGAGAUACAGUUGAGAUAUUAAUUACCAUACCUGAGUGGUGUCCUGUUGGCCUCUGUUAUACCAAAAACGGGGAUCUAAUGGUGAGCAUGCGAUCUAAAGGUAAUUCGCAGAGCAGAGUGGUGAGAUAUUCGGGGACUACGGAGAUUCAGAAGAUACAAUAUGACAGUGACAAUGAUAAAGAUCCAUUGUUUUCAGUUGGUGUUGAAACUGUGCUUCUUCUGACUGAAAAUGGUAAUGGAGAUAUUUGCGUUGCUGAUGGUGCUGGAAAUGCAGUAGUAGUAGUUGACUGUUCAGGUAAUCUGCGGUAUAAGUAUUUAAGCAACAUUUGGAAUCAUCCCGAUUUCGCAGGAAUUGCACCAUCUAACAUUGCUACUGAUGUCAACACUCAAAUUUUGAUAUGUGACAGCUUUCGUAAUAUUAUUCAUAUCAUUGAUUGUGACGGUGAUUUUGUCUGUUUUAUAGAACAUCCAUGUAACGGGGGACUAAGUAUUGAUGCAGACCACAAUCUUGUCGUUGGGGACAAGUACACUGGUAAAAUAAAAAUUAUCAAGUAUUUGUACCGAUGA